GAAAAAGGGGGCCAAUCGGCCGGGUACUUUCUGGGCGGCAAAAACAUUGGUUGGUUUGCGGUGGGUGCCUCCCUUUUCGCCUCAAAUAUUGGUUCAGAGCACUUGGUAGGUUUGGCCGGAGCGGGUGCUUCCGGAGCCUUUCCCAUGGCGCAAUUCGAAAUUCUGGCCGCCAUAAUGCUUUUGGUCUUAGCCUGGGUAUUUGUGCCCAUUUACCUGCGCCUGGGCGUAUUUACCAUGCCGCAGUUUUUAGAAAGGCGCUACGGCAGUUGGUCGCGCUCAUACCUCACCUGGGUUUCGCUCAUCGGCUACGUGCUCACCAAAAUAUCACUAACCAUUAUUGCGGGGGGCAUAAUAUUCGUUUCCCUACUGGGGAUUGACUUCUGGCUGGGCGCAACCUUGGUGGUGGUAAUCACAGGCGUUUAUACCAUUUUCGGUGGGCUGCGGGUGGUGGUUUACACCGAUAUGAUUCAGAUGUUUAUUCUCCUGGCCGGUGCCUUGGCCAUUGGUUACUUUGGCCUGCAAGAACUAGGCGGCUGGAAUCAGCUACAAGCGCGCACCGAUGAGGCAUACACCAGCCUCUGGCGGCCCUUGAGCCAUCCGGACUUCCCCUGGACCGGGAUUCUCUUUGGCGCACCCAUUUUAGGCAUUUGGUAUUGGUGCACCGACCAGUUUAUCGUGCAACGCGUGCUCGCGGCCAGAAACAUUGAUCAG